AUGGAGUUCGAUCCUGGUAUAAUUAUAGCCAUGGGCGAGUUUCGGAUUCUUCCUCGCGAGGCCUGUUCUGCGAGCGCCCCAUAUUAUGUCUGUGAGAAAAGCGGCUUCGAGGGAUGCUGUUCGACUAAUCCGUGUACCGACGGGGUUUGUCCUGAUAACGCCAGUACCACCAGUGCUAGCAGUAAGAGCACCACGAGGACGAGUACCUCCAGUACCUCCACCAAGAGCAUCACGAGUACGAGUACCUCCAGUACGAGCACCACGAGCAGCACCAAGAGUACUACGAGUACUACCCUAAUUACAACAACGGCCAGCACGAGUAGUUUGAUCACCGGGGCAGUAGUAAACACUUUCUCGUUUGUCUCGCCUACGACUAUAGCAGAGAAAACGACGACAGAGUCAACCAGUCAAUCGGCUUCAGAAACCAGUACUCAGGCCACUCUUACCACCAGCAGUACAGCUACUCAUAGCGUCUCCUCGUCAGACACAGGCACUGGGUCUGCUACAAGUCCGCACCAGAUGAACAAAGCUCUAGUUGGCGGAGUAGCCGGUGGAGUGGCAGCCGCAGUGAUAAUUCUCAUGCUGCUUCUGUUGUUCUACUGCCGGCGCCGCAAGAGACAAGCAAGGCGUUCCGUGACCGAGAAAAGCGACAAUGGAAGCAGCACUCAGACGACAGACGGAAGGUGGAAUCGCCGGACCAGAGACAUUCUCAGCCUGUUCAUUCCAUCUUACCAUUCUCCCGAAGAUGUCGGUAGAGACGCAUACGUCGAGGCGAAUACCACCUUCAUCUCUACCGAUCCAGCGAGCCAGGCUCCAGUGUCAAUUACAAUCACUCCCCCAGACUCAACAACAAGGUCUAUUGUUGUACCUGUGCCUACGGUGGUUGAGAAAGGCGAUGAAAAGGAGGAAGGGUAUACCGCUUCAUUCGCCGAACUGCCUGGUGUGCUUGGCGCCGCAUCCGAGUUAUCAGAUACAGGUCUCUACCGCCCACGAGCGGAAUUGUCGACCGACUCUGCAGGGGAAAUGAUCAAUGGGCGCCGCAUCCCGCGCAUCAAAGUCCAAGAAAUGGAUGCGCUAGCCAAUGCGAGGACGGUAGUUACCUCUGACGGGGUGGUGAUGGGGUCGAAUCUUGACUCCCUGAGGAGUUCUCGGGAGAUCAGGGCCGGGCCCGUGGGAAAGUAUGAGCAUGUGAUGAGUUUUAUGCAGUAUGAGUCGCUGGGUGUGAAUGGUGAUGAAAAGCGGGCUGGUCUGGGAUUAAGAUAG